AUGAGACAGUUGACAACAUUUCGAAAUCAAUUCGAUUUCCAGUCUAUACGAUGGAAAGAUAUGAUUCGAUGGUUCCCUGGUCAUAUGCACAAAGGUAUGAAAGAUCUUGAACAGUCGUUACCACGUGUCGAUGGUAUUAUCGAAAUACAUGAUGCUCGUAUUCCGCAUUCUGGUCGUAAUCCACAAUUUUAUCAGCGAUUGAUUGCUGGUCACAAGCCGCAUAUAUUGAUAUUGAAUAAGUCUGAUAUGGCUGAUCCGAAGUAUCUCAAUAAGUCAAUUGAAUAUAUUCAAACAGAACAACCGAAUGUUCAAGUUGUUCAAACAAGUUUAACAUCUAUUGAUUUAAAAGAAAUGACCAAAAUGUUCGGUCAUCUUCUGCAACAAAUCGUCGAAAUGCCGCGCUAUAGUCGUAGUUCCAAAUCCGAAUACAACAUCAUCGUUUGUGGAAUACCAAAUGUUGGCAAAUCGACAUUCAUUAAUAAACUCCGGAAUCUGUUUAUAAAUAAGUCAAGCUGUGAACAAGUAGGUGCAAGUCCCGGAGUCACGCGAACGAUGAGUGAAAAAGUGAAAAUCUCCAAUCGACCUAAAGUUUACAUUCGUGAUUCGCCCGGUAUACUCGAACCACGUUUAAAAUCAGCCGAUGAAAGCUUUCGCUUACUUCUAACCAAUUCGAUACCAAUCCAACAACGUCAAUUAUCAGAUAUUAUCGCUGAUUAUGGCUUAUUCCUACUGAAUAAGUAUGGUAAACAACAAGAAUAUAUGAAAUAUUGCGAACUAGAUCGACCGACUGAUGAUAUAGUAGCGUUAUUACUUUCAUUAGCAAAGAUUAAACAUUGUACACAAACGUAUGGCGAUAAACGAGGUUAUGAUUUAACGGGAGCAGCGCUACACUUUGUUAAUGAACUUAACAAAGGAACAUUUGGUCGAAUAACGUUUGAUCAAGAUAUUCUUGAUGCAAGGGAAGAGGGAAAAUUUAGUGAUGCGACAUUGUUUAAAACAAAUUCUGGUCAAAUGAGAAAAUCGAUUUAA